UCAUCACUCUCCUCCUAGUCGACGCUUGGACCGCCAUCACCACCUCGUACCUCCUCCUGGUCACUCCUUGGACACCCUCCGUUUAAGGCUCUUGCCGCUACAAUCACGCGCUUCACGUCACGCUCACUUCUCCGCGACAACAAUGUUGGAUCACAUUUCCAUUUCACACCAGAGUGGCCUCAUCCUCUGGUCUCGGUCGUUCACGCCAGCCUUUGCAUCGAUCGCGUCGAGCCCCGCGUCGCCGGUCAACGCCCUUAUCCGCGAGGCGCUCAUCGAGGGCAAGGCCCAGAGCGAAGAGGAGGGAUUCGAGAAGGAUGGCUACAGCGUGCGAUGGACCGUUGAGAAUGGCCUGGGUCUGGUCUUUGUUGUCGUGUUCCCUGCCCUUCUCCCCCUCACCUACAUCCCCCAACUGCUCCAGCGCACCAAGCAGCUCUUCCUCUCGCUCUUCCAGCCCUACCUCGAGGCUCUGAUUGAUGCGCUGUCCGACCGCGCUGCUGCCGUUGCCAAGAACGGCCGCACUGCACUUCAGAUCCUCGGCGGCAAGAUCAUCGACGAGCAGUGGGAGCGCAUCUUCGACCGCUGCCUCAAGUCUUGCGAGGACAGCGGACCGAGGAGGUCGACCCGCGCGUCUGCUGCCCAGCGCCAGCUAUCGCUUGUGUCUCCCGACUCUGGCUCGGACACCCCCGGCCAGUCGAGCGAUGGCGGACAGGCUGUGACUGCCGAAGAGAUAGCCAAGAAUGUGGCUGCGCUCAAGGGCCGCAUGAAAGGGCGAGGAAAGGGUGGACGCGGUGGGCGCGAUGGCAUGACGCCGUCGCCCGGCCCCUCGUCUCCCAACCCCAACCGCAAGGCAUCGUCGGCCAACUCGAAGCUCAUGCGCAAGUGGGGUGACUCGCCUGUCAGUGCACAGGACAUGGCGGCGCUCGACUACUCGACUCCCGCUCCCGAGGCUUCUACCGUCGAUGUCGGCUCGCUCAUCUCCACCGACGCGAUGGGCAAGCGGACUGCUACUGGAGCGUACGAGGUCGCCGACUGGGACUUCCGUCGUGGUGGCGCCGCCGACGACCUUCCUACCGAGGAGGAGAUUCUGGCCCGACGAACCAAGAAGCUCACCAUCGACGACGACGCUGAGGACGAGGAGGCUGCUGCCGAGUCGACCUGGACGAGCAUGUUCGCGCGCCUCUCUGGGAAGAAGGUGCUCACUAAGGAGGACCUCCGACCAGUUCUUGCCGACAUGGAGCGCCAUCUCAUGUCCAAGAAUGUCGCCAAGGAUAUCGCUGAGAAGCUGUGCGAAGGCGUUGGCGCUGCGCUCGUCGGCAAGAAGCUCGGCGGCCUCUCCAGCGUCAAGUCUCAAGUUCAAUCUUCGCUUGCUGCUUCCAUGACUCGCAUCCUCACUCCCAAGACGUCGACGGACAUCCUGGUGGACAUCCAGCGCAAGAAGGCUCUUCCGUCGUCUGUGGCGGCUACCGAUGCCCCUCCCGACCCCUACACGCUCACCUUUGUCGGCGUCAACGGCGUCGGCAAGUCGACAAACCUGUCCAAGGUGUGCUUCUGGCUCUUGCAGAACGGCUACCGUGUUCUGAUUGCCGCCUGUGACACCUUCCGUUCGGGAGCAGUCGAGCAGCUCCGCGUCCACGUUCGCAACCUCGGUGCGCUCGGCGACGAGCUUGGAAUGGGCCUGGACGCCGCGGCGCCAGGCCAGCGCCGCAUCGAGCUGUACGAGCGAGGCUACGGCAAGGAUGCCGCUGGAAUUGCCAAGGAGGCGAUUGCAUACGCCAAGGAGAACCGCUUCGACGUCGUCCUCAUUGACACUGCCGGACGUAUGCAGGACAACGAGCCGCUGAUGCGUGCGCUCGCCAAGCUCGUGUCGGUCAACAACCCCGACAAGAUUGUCUUUGUUGGAGAAGCGCUCGUCGGCAACGAGGCCGUCGACCAGCUCACGAAGUUUGACCGCUCCCUCAAGGACUUCUCGUCUGCAGGCGGAGUCUCGCGUCGUCGUGGAAUCGAUGGCAUUCUGCUCACCAAGUUCGACACAAUCGACGACAAGGUGGGAGCCGCGUUGUCCAUGACCUAUGUCACUGGCCAGCCCAUCCUGUUCGUCGGCUGCGGCCAGACCUACACCGAUCUACGCCAGUUGCGUGUGCAGCACAUUGUUCAGGCCCUUCUCAGCUCGUGAGGUGGAGACCAAAGUGGGCGAGGACGUCGGGACGAGCAUCACACAUCGAGGUGGGCCAGGUGGGCCAGAUAGACAGGUGCUCGCCAUCAUUGCCAACAACUAGCCAUACUCCACGCAUCCUCUAGGCCAAGAUUUCAGGAUUUUUAUGCAUAAGCGUCCGGUUUUGACGCCCACGGGAUGGUCGCCACGCUGGCGGAAGCUAUUUGGCGUCAAAUGUGGCAUCUGCGCCGAAUGCGCAUGCACGGCGAUGGACGAUGUUUGUUUACUCUUUGCAUUCCAUUAUGGGUUGUGACGUCAAGGUAGGCGACUGCUAGCGUCAUUUGUGAGUCCCUUAACAGAUCUCGCUGCCAGGGGUCGAGACCCGCCGGCGGCGACAACUGGCGAC